GAUUGUACUUUGGAGUGAUGGUCCAGUGUAUGUCUGACAGGAUGUCACAGAAAGUUGGGAUAGCGCUAGUUAUUUUGUUUUUACUGCACUGGGACUUCCAGUUUGGCUCUGGAGCCCCCGCUCCAGGCACAGGCUCGGUGUUUCUCUCCAGUCCAACAGCUGACAGCGUCCUGCGGAGACACAAACGUUACAAUUCUGGUUUCUUUGAGGAACUGCUGAAGGGCAACUUGGAGCGAGAGUGUUUAGAAGAAAAAUGUGACCUGGAAGAGGCAAGAGAGACCUUUGAGAAUAAUGAAAAGACAAUGGCGUUCUGGGUGGGAUACAUGGAUGGCAAUCAGUGCAAGUCAAGUCCGUGUCUGAACCAGGGGUCAUGUGAGGCCCACCUGGGCUACUACACAUGCGCGUGUGUGUCUGGUUUUACAGGAAUGAACUGUGAGAUUGUCAUAGCAAAAAGAUGUGAUGUGAACAAUGGAGAUUGCACACACUUCUGCGACUCAAUGGAAACUUUUGGGGCAAAAUGCUCCUGUGCACCUGGUUAUAGGCUGAUGCAGGAUGGGGUCAGCUGUGAAGCAGAAGUUGAAUUUCCUUGUGGCAGAACUGCACUGACCCAAACCAACACAUUUAGAAGGUCUCUCUUCAUCCCUGAGAAUGAAACUGUAGAGCAUAACUCUUCACUGACCAACACGACAUCUACUACAGCCCCUCCCUCGACACCAGCCAGUACUACAGAGAAGUUUCUUACCACAAAUGAUUCUAUAGUUAAAGGUUUUCUAAAGAAGCUGCCUCUGUGGGCACAGAAUAAUUCUGAAAUCCCUUCAGAGGAUCCGCCUAAGGCUUUAAAACGCAUUGUUGGUGGGAGGGAGGUCCUUCCAGGAGAGAUCCCAUGGCAGGUGGCACUGAUAGCUUAUCCCAGUGGUCAUCUAUUUUGUGGGGGCUCCAUCCUCAAAGAGCGCUGGAUUAUCACCGCUGCUCAUUGCCUAGUGGAGAGAAAGGGCUCAUUCUUGGUCAGAGUAGGGGAGCAUAACAUUUUCAUUAAAGAAGAGAGAGAGCAGGAUUAUGAGGUGUUGAAGCAGCACAUACAUCCACGCUACAACGCAAGUCUUAGCUUGUACAACCAUGACAUUGCCAUGCUCCAUCUCAAAAACCCCAUCGCCUUCUCCACAACGGUGCGGCCCAUCUGCAUUGGGCCCAUGGCUUUCACUGAGACCUUAGUGAAGGUGUCAUCCCCUGCUACAGUCAGCGGUUGGGGGCGCACACGCUUCCUUGGAUCCACGACUAGCACACUGCAAAAGGUGGAGGUUCCCUUUGUAGACCGGACGGAGUGCAAGUACAGCAGCAGUGCCAGGAUCACCCCGGUCAUGUUCUGUGCUGGAUACUACGAUGUAGAAAAAGAUGCUUGUCAGGGCGAUAGUGGAGGUCCUCACACAAACAGCAUUCAUGACACAUGGUUCCUGACAGGGAUUGUAAGUUGGGGGGAGGACUGUGCAAAAGAAGGGAAAUAUGGCGUGUACACCCGGAUAUCUGUUUAUUACCGCUGGAUAAACCAUGUUAUGGGGUUAACUAAACACAGACUAGCAUCUGAUGUGGAAGACCCUGAAUACUGACUACGAUUUUAGAAAUUGAAAAUGCAAAUGUUUAAAUAUUCUCCAUGUUAAAUAUAGUUAACUAGCUUAAAAAAACAUGCAAGCUGUUUUUCAAUUAAAUGUUUUUU